AUGUCAGAUAAUGGGCGCAAGAAUGCCGAUAUGAAAAUAUUGUGCCAAAACCUGUUGUUCAAAGUUCAUCGGGAAAUUGUCUGCAGCCAAUCACUCUAUUUGAAAGAACAUCUUUACAGACUGCAUAAGGAUUCUAUCAGUCAAUUAAUCGUACUUUCGGACCUCAAUCCUGAAACUUUACGACAAGUAAUGGACUUCCUGUACACGGGCGACUAUACAAUCAGACAUUCGUUUCGCCGUCCGGUCGAUCUCGAGGAUGUCGAGGGUAUCACUUUCACCAAAAAGUGCAACACAGAAGAUAGCACAGCUCAAGUCAUUCGACAUAUUGCCCACUGUCACAUCAAAAUGUUCCUUGCUGCAAGGAAACUUAAAAUUCUAAAGUUGGAGUGUUUGGCAGCCAAGAGAUUUGAAGAUUGGAUAAAUGAAUACGGGCUCUCGUCAGUCUGUUUAAACAUCGCGGACGAGGUGCUCAUGAUGCAGUUACCAACCAAUUUUCCCCUUCAAAAGAUUGUCCUUGAAGCUUUGUGCAGACAUCUCAAUGUGUUGAUAAGACACAACAGCUUCAGACAGAUUUUGAAAAAGCAUGGCAGCCUUGGAUCCUAUCUGGCUGUCAUGGUGGACAACACAAAGCGAAAAGACGGGUCGGUCCUGGAUAGAGACGCUGAAAUGCCCCAUGCCUUUAAAAAUCAGCCAAAGAUAAUGAAAUAUUGCUGGCUAUGUUUCGCAUAUGUUGGCUACUAG